AUGGUCGAUCGCACCGGGCACGGGGUACUGAUCGACUAUCAUUUGGCGGUGGCGUACGAUCGACCUGACCAUGACCACAUUUUCAAGACACGCUCCACCGCUAGAGACGUAUACCGGAGGGCUGGAGCGUGUCUUGAAGAUGAGGUCAUAAUCUGGCAGAUCGUGCGCCUCCGCCAGCUGAUAGUCGAUCGGCACCCGUGCCGGGUGCGAUCGAUCAUGACGUUAUUACGUCACGGUGGAGAAAGCCGAGUUGGUGCAGGCUCCAGUGGCCCUGACAUGAGCCAGGGACACUCCCCAAGGGCCGCACUCGUCGUCUUGGUAGCGUUGUAA